ACAACAGCUGCUGUGCUGUUCAAGCUAACUUGCUCGCCUUCAUCGAAGGAAUUAAUAUCUUCCAGAACCCAAAAAAAAACAGAGUUAAAAUUAUUUAAAAUGGGCUGUUUUAUCGACUGUUUAUUAAGCCCAUUAAUACUGUGGCCGGCUAUAAUCGGGGUGUCCAUCUACCUCUUGAAGGAGUACAUGCAGGGUGGCAAGUUCACAAAGAACACCGAUGAAACCGGCAAGGUAUUUAUUGUCACGGGAGCCAACACGGGAAUCGGCAAGGAGACAGCUCUGGAGAUCGCCAGACGCGGCGGAACCGUCUAUAUGGCUUGCAGGGACUUGAACCGAUGCGAAAGAGCGCGUAAGGAAAUCGUCAAAGAGACAAAUAAUCAGAAUGUAUUCUCCCGAGAGCUCGACUUAAGCUCCCAGGACUCGAUCCGUGCAUUUGUAGCAGGCUUCAAGAAGGAGCAGAAUAAGCUAGAUGUCCUGAUCAACAACGCCGGUGUGAUGCGUUGUCCAAAGACGUUAACUAAGGAAGGCAUUGAAUUGCAGUUGGGUGUAAACCAUAUUGGGCAUUUUUUGCUGACUAACUUGCUGCUCGAUUUGUUGAAGAAAUCGGCUCCUAGUCGCAUAGUCGUCGUUUCCAGCCUGGCCCAUGCACGUGGCUCUAUUAAUGUGGCCGAUUUAAAUAGCGAGAAGACCUAUGAUGAGGGACUAGCCUAUAGCCAGAGCAAGCUGGCCAAUGUCCUUUUCACUAGGGAACUAGCAACGCGCUUAGAAGGUAGUGGAGUCACGGUCAAUUCUCUUCAUCCUGGUGUUGUGGACACUGAGCUGGGAAGGAACUGGGCCUUCUUCCAGACCAACUUGGUGCAGUACUUCAUCAAGCCAAUGAUUUGGCCGCUUUUGAAGACACCUAAAAGCGGAGCACAGACAUCCCUUUAUGCCGCUCUGGAUCCGGAACUGAAGGAUGUGACUGGAUUGUACUUCAGCGACUGCAAGCCCAAGACUGUUGCUCCUGCAGCUUUAGACAAAGCUAUAGGAAAGUUCCUGUGGACUGAGAGCGAAAAGUGGACUGGAUUGGAUAAGCCCGACAGCCAAAAAUGAAACUGAUGAGCCGAUACCGAAGUGAAAAAGUUUAUUCCGAGACCAAAACUCCUAAAAUAAAAAACGCAACUGAUAAACGAGA